AUGACAAUGCUGGCUUCUCAUUUCAGCUCUUUAACGUCUAAAAUGUAUUCAGUGUCCACGUCUGAUCACGCCUCUGUGGUUUCACUGAAUCUCUUUGUUGCCCUUCUCUGUGCUUGUAUUGUGAUUGGUCAUCUUUUGGAGGAGAAUCGAUGGAUGAACGAAUCCAUCACAGCUUUAUUGAUUGGGCUUGGCACUGGUGUCGUCAUUUUGUUGCUUAGUAGAGGCAAAAACUCACAUCUGUUGGUCUUCAGUGAAGAUCUUUUCUUUAUAUAUCUUUUGCCACCCAUAAUAUUCAAUGCAGGGUUUCAAGUUAAAAAGAAGCAAUUUUUCCGCAAUUUUGUGACUAUUAUGAUUUUUGGCGCCAUUGGGACUGUAAUUUCUUGCACUAUAAUAUCUCUAGGUGUUAUUCAGUUCUUUAAGAAAUUAGACAUUGGGACCUUUGAUUUGGGCGAUUAUCUUGCAAUCGGCGCCAUAUUUGCUGCAACGGACUCUGUAUGCACACUGCAGGUUCUCAAUCAAGAUGAGACACCUUUGCUUUACAGUCUCGUAUUUGGAGAGGGCGUUGUAAAUGAUGCCACAUCAGUUGUGCUCUUCAAUGCAAUUCAGAGCUUUGACCUCACCCACCUUAACCAUGAAGCGGGUUUUCUUUUUCUUGGAAGCUUCUUGUAUCUGUUUAUCUUGAGCACCUUGCUUGGUGUAGCAACUGGUCUGAUUAGUGCUUAUGUCAUCAAGAAGCUUUAUUUUGGAAGGCACUCGACUGAUCGAGAGGUUGCCCUCAUGAUGCUUAUGGCAUAUCUUUCAUACAUGCUUGCUGAGCUAUUCGCCUUGAGUGGUAUUCUCACAGUAUUUUUCUGCGGGAUUGUGAUGUCCCAUUACACCUGGCACAACGUAACGGAGAGCUCAAGGAUAACUACAAAGCAUACCUUUGCUACUUUGUCGUUUCUAGCCGAGACUUUUAUUUUCCUUUACGUGGGAAUGGAUGCAUUGGACAUCGAGAAGUGGAGAUUCGUGAGUGACAGCCCGGGGACAUCGGUUGCAGUGAGCUCAAUUCUGAUGGGUCUAGUCAUGGUUGGAAGAGCAGCUUUUGUGUUUCCUCUUUCCUUCUUAUCAAAUUUAUCCAAGAAAACCCAGAGCGAGAAAAUCGAUAUCAAGCAGCAAUUUGUGAUUUGGUGGGCUGGAAUGAUGAGAGGUGCUGUAUCUAUGGCUCUUGCCUACAACAAGUUUACAAGAUCAGGGCACACUGAAUUGCGCGGGAAUGCAAUCAUGAUUACCAGUACUAUAACCGUUUGUCUUUUUAGCACCGUCGUGUUCGGUAUGCUGACGAAACCGCUGAUAAGACACCUAAUGCCACAUCAAAAAGCGACCACGAGCAUGUUAUCCGACGAUAACACUCCGAAAUCAAUCCACAUUCCGCUCCUAGAUGGCGAACAGCAAGAUUCAUUCGUCGAGCUCUCUGGUAACCACCACGACGUGCCACGGCCAGACAGCAUUCGUGGUUUCCUCAUGCGUCCCACGCGCACCGUACACCAUUACUGGAGACAGUUCGAUGAUGCCUUCAUGCGUCCUGUCUUUGGUGGUCGAGGUUUCGUUCCCUUUGUCCCUGGUUCUCCGACAGAGAGAAGCUCCCACGAUCUUAGUAAACCUUGA